AUGGUGGCACAAUCAGAGAGAUUAAGAGCAUUUUUCAACAACAGAUGGCUGGUAUUUGUAGCUUCAAUGUGGGUGCAAUCUUUUGCAGGAGUCGGGUAUCUGUUCGGAAGCAUUUCUCCAAUGAUUAAGAGUACAAUGGGGUAUAACCAAAAGCAAGUUUCUUACUUGGGUGUGGCUAAGAACUUAGGCGACUGCAUUGGAUUUAUUGCUGGUGCAUUGUGCGAGAUUUUACCAUUCUGGGGUGUUUUGUCAAUUGGUGUUCUGCAGACUUUUGUUGGGUAUGGAUUUCUUUGGCUAAUUAUCGCCAACAGAUUGACUACUUUACCUCUGUGGGUGCUAUUCAUUGCCAUAUUCGUGGGAACAAAUGGUGAGACCUAUUAUAAUACAGCAGCUCUAGUUUCAUGUGUGCUAAACUUCCCUGAUAGCCGUGGCCCUAUUGUUGGGAUACUUAAAGGAUUUGCUGGUUUGAGUGGAGCAAUUUUAAGCCAAAUGUAUCACAUCUUCAGCACUUCUAAUCGCACUUCCCUCAUAUUAACAAUAGCCAUUGCUCCCUCAAUUGUUGUUCUUUCUCUAAUGUUUUCCAUCAGAUAUGUGGAAGGUCAUCGACAACAAAGGCCUUCAGACAAUUUGAGCUUCUCAUUUGUGUAUGGUGUUUGCCUCGUCUUGGCUGCUUAUUUGAUGUCUUCCUUGCUUCUUGAAGACUACUUGAGCCAAUCUUUGAUCAUAUUUUGUUCCAUAAUCUUGCUCAGCAUCUUGCUACUUCCCUUAGUAGUGCCUAUUGCACUGUCCUUUUCUUCAGAAGUGCAUGAUCCAAUUGAAGAGAGCCUCCUACCUGGUGAGUUGAGCGAAUCUGUACAAGAUAAACCUGAAGCCAUCAUUGGCGAGGUUGAAACUGAGGCUGACAGUAAAAAAAGAGGUCCUAAACUAGGGGAGAAUUUCAUCUUGCGGCAAGCUUUAGGCAAGGCGGAUCUUUGGCUUUUGUUUGUAUCCCUGGUAUUGGGUUCUGGAUCUGGUAUUACAAUUAUUGACAAUAUGGGUCAGAUAUGUGAAUCUCUUGGAUAUUCCAAUACAAGAAUCUUCGUUUCAAUCAUCAGCAUCUGCAAUUUUCUUGGCCGUGUUGGUGGUGGAUACUUGUCAGAGCUAAUUGUCAGAAACUACGCGUAUCCUAGGCUUGUGGCUUUGGCAAUUGUUCAAGCUAUCCUAGCAUUCGGACUCCUAUAUUACGCAAUGGGAUGGCCUGCAGCAAUUUAUAUGUUAACUGUGCUAACUUCUCUUGGGUACGGAGCACACUGGGGGAUCGCCCCUGCAGCAGUUUCAGAGAUGUUUGGUCUGAAAUGCUUUGGUGCUUUGUAUAACUUUGUUAUACUUGCAAUGCCUACUGGCUCUUUCAUUUUCUCUAGCAUCCUCGCUAGUCGCGUCUAUGAUUACUAUGCAGAGAAACAAGCUGGGAAUGUUGACAUUAAACUCAUUAUGCAACUAACAGCUGAAGAUUCUCUUACUUGUAUGGGUAGUGUAUGUUAUUCCAUCACCUGUGCAAUUUUGACUGGAGUUGUUUGCAUUGCUGUUGUGCUAAAUUUGAUUGUUGUUCGACGGACUAGGAGUGUUUAUGCUCAUCUUUAUGCUAAAUCGCAAACUUAAUUUAUGGCUUGGGGUAGUAAUUAGAACAUUUGUUGACAACUCAGAAGGUACAAAGAUUUAAAACUGGGUUCAUACCCAAUACACAGGACUCAAAUAAAAUACAUCAGCUUGGGAUACAUCAGUUUUGUGAGUUAUGUCUAAUGUAAUUUAUGUAAUAAUAUUUCACUCUUAAUCAUCAAUGCAGAAACCCUAUGAAGUUGGUGGAUAGCCAACUUUUUGUUAGUUAUU